AACCAACAUCGCACACUGUCGCACAACCGCACCGCACACCCGGAGGAUGGAGCAAAGACCGAAAUAUCGAUUUUUAGGCCCCUACGCCGUGGUUCGAUGCUCAUAUUUGCCCCGUACCCCGUCCGCGACACGCCAUUCAAAACACCAACGCGUGAGCGAAUAUUAUUCACUGUUUCCUUCUUGUAAUACGUUUAAAAAAAUAAUCAUAUUAAUUGUUUUUAACUUAACAAAAUAUAGUUGUGUGAUCAAUAAGUGAAAUUAAGCAGAAGAUCUUGAAGAUCAUUUUGAAAAAAAUUAUAUUUAAGGUGACCAUCGACCGACUGUAAUCUUAAUUGAUGUCGUCAGAAAAAAUGGCUAUCGCAGCUUCAGAAAAUUAUCAACUGAAGUGGCACAGCUAUGGAGCUCAUCUUCAUAGUUCAGUAGCAACUUUGCUACAUUCAGAGUCGUUUGCUGAUGUUCUACUGGCUACGUCUUGUGGACGUCAUGUUGCCGCUCAUCGCUUCGUACUUGCCGCCUGUUCAUCUUAUCUCAGUCAUAUCUUUCAGACUUGUCAUUUUGGUGCAAAUACCAAUUCUCCAAUCAUCGUAGUCUUACCAAUAGAGAUCGGCUACCGUACAUUGAAAAUAUUAAUUCAAUAUAUGUACAGUGGCGAGGCAACAGUUACUAAUGAUCAACUGGAAGGUGUAUUGAAGGCUGGUGAUAUAUUGAGAGUUCGUGGUUUAUGGAGAUCAAAUACAUCAAGUAAAAAAGAGAAUAUUCAAUCAAAUAAUCAGAAAGUUGAUCGUGAUAAAAGAGAACAACAACCAGUACCAGGACAAAUACAAAAGAUUAAAUUGGUUCAACCAAGUACUGAAAAAGUUAUUCAAGAAGCAACAACAACACCUCAACCAGUUCCUGUGCCACCUACUACUCAGCCAAUUAUAACAGCAACAACAACAGCUACGACUACCAUGGCAAGUACUACAAUACCAUCCCCUGUGCCACCAGUCCCGACACUACCAGAGAAAACUAAUGACAAACCUGAUGAGAUAUUAAUAAAUGCUGAUCCGAAAAAAAUAACAGAAGAAGCAAAAAAUAAUGAACAAAUUAAAAAUAAAGAGAAUGUAGAAAAUGUAAAGAAAAAAAGAUCAAAAGACAACGAAACAGAUUCAAAUAAAUCUAGAAGUGAAGUUGGUGAUGGUGAAUUAAAUCUGGGUCUUCUAGUAAAAGAUGAACCAAUUGAUUGGGAAGAAUCUAUGGAUCCUACUGAAUCACUUACGAUAGAUCAUGAUAUUGAUAUUAAACCAGAAAUCGUACAUAGCGCUGAUGAAGAUGGAGAUUUAGAGGAAGAAGAAGAAGAAGAAGAAUAUACACCUUUAACUUGUGAUAUGUGCAGUCAAACUUUUAAUCGUCCUUCAGACUGGGUAAGACAUAUCGAAUUUACGCACGCAGAUAUGACGGAAAAUCGUCGAAAGAAACGUAAGGGUGACGAUGAUGAUAAUAAAGAUUUUCCACCAUUAAAAUGUGACCUCUGUGGUAACAUGUAUCCAACACCUCAAGAAUGGGUUCGUCAUAUUCAAACAGAGCAUACAGAAGAACAAUUAGCCUUGAUGAAUAAUUCAGCACCACCAAAACCUAAACGAGUUCAUAAUCAUCAAAAACUAUGUAAUAUUUGUCAAAAAGUAUUUCCAAGUCAUGCAUCAAUGGUAAUACAUCAGCGAACGCAUACAGGAGAAAGGCCAUUUCUCUGCUCUUACUGUAAAAAAGGAUUCAAUGUAAAGAGCAAUUUGUUGAGGCAUCUUCGAACACUUCACGAUAAAUUUGUUCAUCCAAGUCUUUAUGGUAGUAAUGGCAGUAAAAAUGCCUAAGUAAAUUCUGUCUCUAUUUAAUUAGAUAAUAAGAAACAGAAAAUAAUAAUAAUAAUCAAGAAAAGCUCAAUUGCGUGGUAGUGAUUGCGUUGAUAUGACAUGUAUAUUUAUUAUUACAUUAUUGAGAAAGUUAUUAACAGGUCAAAUUCAACGGAUUAACUAGAGGUAUUAAAGUCUUUCUUCACUCUAUUUUUAUUCCCCAACUUUAAUAAGUCUAAACAAUAAUGAAAUAUAAUCAAAGUCAUUUUACAUUUUAAAUCAUUUGAUUUUAUUUUUUGCUUCUUAUUAGAUAUCAUUUAGUGGAACUCAAUAAGGUAAAAGACCUAGUACCCAAUCAGAGAACUAGUACUCAAUCACUGUAUUUGUAUAGAUAAAUUUAGUAAAUAUAGAUGUAUAAAUACAUGAGUGAUCGGGUACUAGUUCCCUGAUCGAGUAUUGGGUCUCUUACCUUAAAUAUUAACACAAAAAUAAUAAUUUUGUUUUUUUUUUAUAAACUGAUACAAUUACACUAAUUUAAUGUCAAUAACAAAAGCAAUACCAUUCGUAUUUCGAACCAAAGAGGCUGACUGAUAUUGCCAAAAUAAAAUUAUCUUAUUUUUCAUCUAAUCAUGAAUUUUAAAAAUACAUUACGUAAUUUUGCUAAUUAAAAAUAUACUAAUUACCAAAGAUUGUACUUACUACAUUGGAUAGCAAGAGUACCUCAAGUAUGUGUGAAGAAUUUAAUUAAACAAAAAAUAUAUGAUAAAAAAAAAUGAAGCAUUGAAUGAAUCAGUAAUUCGUAGCUUUUCAUACAAGAUAACGGUAUCUUGUAACUUGUAAUAUAUUCCAUAUUUUUUUGCUCCUUCAUUUAUUUAAAUUAAAAAAAAAUUUUUUUAAUUAAUAUUAUUAAGAAACGAUUUUUAAAAAUCGAAAAUGAUUUAAUCAUAAAUAUAUUAAUAUAUAUAAUUGUGGGCUAUUCCAUCCAUAAUAGCCAAAAUAAUUCCUUCGUAAGUUAAUUAUGUAUUUUUAUAUUAAACUAGCUUAUGAAAUUAGUAU